UCCAGGGAUGCUUGUUUGUAUUAUAGUGGGUCAUAGAAGGGUUCAGAACCCCACGCCGUUCGCCCCUCCAUUUUCUUAGCCCUGGAGGUAAUGCUCUAGGGCUGCUAGCAAUAUCCCUAAGCUCCGAGUCCCGACCAAACAAUCGACUUUUGUUCGAGGACGCCGAAAUCGAAGGCCGUUUCCAGUGACUUCAACCAACUUAAAUCCUUGACUUGGGGAAUUUAGGUACCAGAGCUAUCCUAUUUAAUACAUAGCUGCCUAAGCGGCGUAUUAUUUUCUACUUCGAAAUUUAUUUUUUACAAUUAUUCCUCUUCUCCAGCCUUCUUUUCAAAGCUUAGCCUUACUUCGAUAAUAUUCUUUAAUCGCCGUUUCUAGUCUCAGCUGCCUAUCCGUGAGCCACCGUCGAAGAUGGCGUCCGCCGUGGAGCAGGCUACGGCCUUCAAGAACGACGGCAACAAAGCUUUCGCCGCACACGACUGGCCCAAGGCGAUCGAAUUGUAUACCAAAGCUAUUGAAUUGAAUGAUAAGGAACCUACAUAUUACACAAACAGAGCACAAGCACAUAUCAAGUCAGAAGCUUUCGGAUAUGCUAUCGCAGACGCUACAAAGGCGAUUGAAUUAAACCCAAAGCUCAUAAAGGCUUACUUUCGCCGAGCUGUUUCCUACGCUGCAAUCCUCAAACCGAAAGACGCCGUAAAGGACUUCAAGAAAUGUGUCGAACUCGAUCCCGCGAACAAAGAUGCCAAGCUCAAGCUUGCCGAGUGCCAGAAGAUUGUCCGACAGCUGAAUUUCUAUGCGGCUAUUGAAGUCGGAGAUGAGCCAUCCGCAGCCGAAGGUCUCGACAUUGACUCUAUCGUCGUCGAACCUGAUUACGAUGGUGUAGAACUCAAGGACCAGAUGACACAGGAGUUUAUUGAUGACAUGAUUGAACGAUUCAAGAAUGGCAAGAAGAUCCACAAGAAAUAUGUCUACCAGAUUGUGAUCGCGGUCAAGAAUAUUGUCUAUGAGGAGGCGACAAUGGUUGAGAUGAAGAUUCCGGAUGAUGUCAAACUCACAGUCUGUGGUGACACACAUGGUCAAUAUUUCGACUUAAUGGAGCUCUUCAGAUUGAACGGCCGACCGUCGGAGAAGCAUUGGUACCUGUUCAAUGGAGACUUCGUGGACCGAGGUUCUUGGUCAUCCGAGAUUGCUCUGUUGCUGUAUGCCUACAAGUGGUUACGCCCUCAUGGUAUGUACCUCAACAGAGGCAACCACGAAACCGACGACAUGAACAAGGUGUACGGAUUCCAGGGCGAGUGCAAGGCGAAGUACAACGAAAGGGUCUUCAAACUAUUCUCUGAGAGUUUCUCCGCGUUACCGCUAGCAACGCUCAUCGGAUCUAAGUAUCUUGUCUUGCAUGGUGGUCUAUUCUCGGAUGACAGCGUAACAUUGGAUGAUAUCCGAAAGGUGGAUAGGCACGCUCAAAGACAACCGGGCCAAUCCGGUCUGAUGAUGGAGAUGUUGUGGACCGAUCCCCAGAAGGCUCCUGGCCGAAGUCCCAACAAGAGAGGUGUGGGUAUUCAGUUCGGACCGGAUGUAACGAAGAAAUUCUGUGAGAAGAACGGUCUAGACGCUAUCAUCCGAAGUCACGAGGUCCGUAUGGACGGUUACGAGGAAGAGCACGACGGAAAGUGUAUCACAGUCUUCUCGGCACCAAAGUACUGUGACCAGACGGAGAAUCGGGGUGCAUACAUCAACAUUGGCCCUGACUACAAACUCAGCUUCAACCAAUUUGAUGCUGUUCCUCACCCGCCGAUUAAGCCUAUGGCGUAUGCCAACAACUCGCUUAUGUCGAUGAUGUAAAGGGGUGAUUUGGUUUUUCAUGUAUUCCACAUGCUGAUCUUGCAUCGAAUGGUGGCUCAACAUGGCAUUCUUGCAUAUAUACGGCGCUUCAUCGUAAGGGGAAGCACUGGCGUUGAGGGGGUAUCGGU